UUUAUAUACUCAAAAUGAAAUCCCAAUUUUUCCUUGCUUACUUCUCCCUCUUCCUUCUAUCAUCUUCUUUCACAACAGCUUUUGACAUUACUAAGCUUCUCAACUCUCAUUCAGAUUUCAGUAACUAUAACAACUUCCUCACUCAAAGUCAAGUCGCCGCAACGAUUAAUGCACGCCAGACGAUAACUGUUCUUGUAGUUGAUAAUUCGGGUACAUCUUCAUUAUCAGGAAAAUCAAGUGAAGUGAUUAAGAAAGUCAUGAGUUUACAUGCCGUUCUUGAUUACUUUGAUGAAUCCAGAUUACAAAAACUACCAAACAAGACCGCUCAUCUUACUACUUUGUUUCAAUCCACUGGACUCGCUAAUGGUCAACAAGGGUUUUUAAAUGUUACUGAUACUUCUGGAGAAGUUAAAUUUGGUUCUGCUGUUCAAGGUUCAUCUCUUAGUUCUAAUCUCGUUAAGGAAAUUACAACUCAACCUUACAACAUUUCAGUUUUGCAAAUUAGUUCUCUGAUCAUGCCACCAGGCAUUGAGAACUCUAAUACUCCUCCAGCGCCAAAGGCGGCUGCACCAUCCCCAUCAAAGUCCAAAACACCACCUUCUGCUGACAGCCCAUCCAAGUCACCAUCAAAAUCUCCACCUCCAGAGACAUCUGACGAUAAAGCUCCAACAUCAUCAAAAAAGGCUUCUCCGCCAAAAGCUUCUGAUUCUCCUCCUUCACCGACUCCUGCUGCCGCUGACGCUCCAGCCGCUGCCGAUGCUCCAGCUGCUGAGGAUGCUCCUGGUGGUGCUUCUGCCAGUAAGUCCUCGGGUUCGAGAGUAAUGACUUCUGGUGUCGUCGUUGCUGUAUUCGUAGUGGUUGUUUCUUGUUUUGGGGUUGGUUUCGUAGAUUUGAAGGGUUUUUGAAGCUUUUGCAGAACUCAAGAAGAAGAAGAAGGAAGGAAGAGAAUAAAGGUUUUAAGAGUGAUAGAGACACAACUAAGUCAUGUUUGGAAAGCCUUCUUGAUGGAGUCAUCUCUAUCAUCCUUAAAUUCCCUCUUCCUCUCUAUUUAUGAUGAAAGCAAUGAAUGUUCUUUCUUGUUAUUGCUUCUUUGCAAUUAAUUCAGAAUAAAUAGAUUGAAAGGUUCGUUUUAUCAAAUUAUAUAUCACUACCAAGGUUUUAUCUAA